AUGAGCGCCUACGGAGGAGCCGCAGCGCUGGUGGUGAACAAGCAGGAGACGGACAGGGAGAGGAGAAUCCGACUUAGAAAGCAGGAGUUUGCAGCCAAGAAUUACUCGGAGAAGAGCCUUAUCCCAGCGGAACAGCCUGGGACAGGAUCAGGGUCUCAACUUCCAGCGCUGUCGCAUGGGAGCAGGAGGGUUCCUUCAGCUGGCAGCGAGAGUUCGAGGACCCGCGAUGAAGUCUACGAGCAGAAGCGAAAGCGAUUCUUAGAGCUGUGA